AUCCUUGAAAAGCUCUACCCACCCGCUCUGGCACUGGUCUCUAAUAGAGUUUUCCCAUACUGCACGGAAGUUGGCCCUCUUCGUGAUGUUCACAAUUUAUGCUCGAAGGAAAACUUUUUCAACUUCCCCCAGCCACGGGUUCCUUCCUAUGCUUUAUGCUGCCGUUCUAAACAGGUGGCAAAAGCUCCCAAACAACCAAACAGCUGAGGAUCGGGCCCCCCAGCAAGGAUUAGCGAGCGCCGCGGCCGGGGGCCUAUAAAACCGACUCGGUGAGUUCGGGAACGGCCAGUAUUAGAUCAACCGUGGAACCGUUCGGAAGUACCAGGAAAAAGGAUCCCACCAGCAAAGCCGAGUCGUCUGAGGAACUACAGUGAAGUGUGUGUGUGUGUGUGCGGUACAGGGGAAGAGGACACCCGGAAGUGAGCUGAGCAGAGGUCGUGGUGGGGUGGGAACUGAAAUCACGUCUGGCGUGAGUGAGUGGUGAUUUCCUCCUUUCGGCGGAGAAGGGGUUCGAUCUAUAACAUAGCGUGGGUUGUGGGUGGUCGGUCGUCGGUGGGUUGUUAUAAUGUAGGCGCUUAGUGGCUUCCGAGUGCUUAGUACUGGUAGUGUAACGCGUCGUGGCGCGCGGUGAGAGAUAGAAAGUUUGGUGUGGGCGGAUUUUUGUUUUCGUUUUGGGUUCAAGGAAGAAGGAUUUGGGCGCAAUAUUGGUGGCAUAAAUAUUUCGAUGCUUUUCGAAAAAUGAGGUUUCCUGUGUCACAGUUUUGCUGAUGAUGGAGGACGGAAUCAAUAGCUGUAGCAGCAAUAGCAACAGCAACAGUAGCAGCAGUAGUACCAGCAGUACAGUUGGUGAUAGUGAUAAAUGCUCCGAUGCUGGUUCUAGUUCCAGUGAAAAGGAUAUUGAAAGUGAAAAUGACAAGGAUAAUGAAGGCAGCCGACCGGACAGCAAUGUAACGGAGAAUGGAACGAAAAGAAAAACUGGAACUACAAACAAUGGCAGUGGAAAUGACGACGAUAAGGAGGUCAAAACGGUGGCAGUUAAGACUAUCGAAGGCAAUGUGGGCCCGCUAACGGCGACGGUUAAAUUCAUAAAUCCUUUCAAAAAUAACUGGAUCAAUGCGGACCGACUGAAUGAGCUCAGGAAGAAGGUGCAGGAUGCCUCCAAACAUCACCGCGUGUUUCUGGUGCGGGGUUCAUUCCACACAGUGCGGCGUGCUCUGACCGAAAGGGGUUGGGUUGAGAAGUUGGACGGGUUUAGGGCUAAACCACAGGCUAACACCUCAUCCUCGGGGUUCAUUCUGGAGGAUCUAGUGCAGCAACUCCCGGAACGCAAGCCAGGCGAAUCACGUAAAAACCACAUCGCAAAAUGUGAGCGAAGCAUAAUGUCACGCUUCCUUGAGCAUACCCCAAUCGACCUUCUGUGGACGGCUCGUAGGGAGAAGGCCGAUUGGUUGGAUAUGACUAAGAAUUCUUCCCUGAUCAUCAACCGCUUCAGCAAGGCACCAUUCACCACAAAAGAAGGUCUAUGCUCCGCUCUGCACGAUUUUCAUUGGUUCUACGAGGAGGGCAUGUCCGAGACCUACUUUCCUCGCUGCUAUAACGUAUGGAAUCCCGAAGAGCUGAACGAAUUUAUAGACAACUUUCGUCUGACGUCUUCAAUGGGACUCCUCAAGUGGUUGGUGGAAACUCACGAUAAGGAAGGCAUGGAUGCCAUCCUGUCGGACGAGGGAAAAGUUCCAGGAUCGUGUAUAAACUUCGCACUAUCCCGCUGCAAGGAAUAUUUGGAUUACUGCCUGCACAACGAUAUCGACGUAGAGGAGGAUGUGAAAAUCUGGGAUCAUGAUUGGGACGUAUUUCUCACCCAUCAUUACCUGCUGACACAUGAGGGUGGCACAAUCCAGCUGAUGAAGGAGGAAGAAGAUAUGAACGCAAUAUCCAACUAUGUUGCGGAAGCCAAGUCUGUCCUUGAGCAGAUUAAAAACCAUUGGCCGCAAUAUGCACUCGAUGGGUACCUGAACAUUUGGAUUGUAAAACCGGGAAAUAAAUGCCGUGGACGGGGCAUUCACUUGAUGAACAAUAUUAAGCAGAUCAUCAGCAUGGUGAAUCCGCCGAUCGUCAGUAAAACUAGAUAUGUGAUACAAAAAUAUAUAGAACGCCCUCUAAUCAUACACAACACCAAAUUCGACAUCCGCCAGUGGUUCAUGAUCACCAGCGUGCAGCCGUUGAUAAUAUGGUUCUACAAGGAAAGUUACCUCCGCUUUAGCUCGCAGCAGUACAAUCUUAUGAACUACCACGAGUCCGUGCACCUGACCAAUCAUGCCAUUCAGAAAAAGUACCAUAACGCGGUGCGGGACGAGAGGCUUCCGCACGAGAACAUGUGGGACUGCCACACGUUCCAGGCCUACCUGCGCCAGAUCGACAAGUACGAAAUGUGGUCCGAGCGAAUCUAUCCAGGCAUGCAGAAAGCCGUUAUUGGGUCGCUGCUGGCCUGUCAGGAUAAUAUGGACCGAAGGCCAAAUACGUUCGAGCUGUAUGGGGCGGACUUUAUGAUUACGGAGGAUUUCUACCCAUGGUUGAUCGAGAUUAACUCCAGUCCGGAUUUGGCGCCCAGUACUAGUGUAACGGCACGACUUUGUCCGCAGUGCGUCGAGGAUACUAUUAGAGUUGUCAUCGAUCGCCGUCAUGACGCAAACGCUAGUACCGGAUCAUUUGAAAUGAUCUACAAACAAGUGAUCCCAAAAACGCCAGCCUACAUGGGACUGAAUCUACAACUAAGAGGCCAUCGUAUCACACCAAAAAGCACCGCCAAAAAGGAUCGCCUCCGGAUUCUGCCCGUUAAGCCUGUCCAGAAUGUCUUGCAAGUUUCGAGACUUGCUGCGUCUGCUGCCCCUAAACCAACCACAGGUCCUGUGAUCAUGGAUCUGUUGGAAUGUCUGCAAUUUGACACCAAAAUGCAAGAAGAGGAAGAAAUACGAGCACGAACUGCCAUCUACAGAAAAUCUGGGUUUUCACCACGACCUAAUCUGCGGUACGACUUUGCUCGUAAAAAGUCUUACAUUAUAGCCAAAACGGGAGAAUUUUUCCGUAGAAAUGGAGGUCCAAAGUACCUAACUGAGGGAGAAACUUACAUAGACAAUAUCGAGGAUUGGGAGAGGGCAACGACCAGCUUCUUCCAGAGCAAUUACGCCAGUACCCUGAGCUCACUAGCAGCCAAUCGAAACAAUCCUUAUGGUCCCGGAGACCUGCAAACGUCCCCCAGUACCAGUAGUAACAAUCUGCGAUAUUCCUCGAAAGCUGCUUCCGCUGCCAACUAUUGUGAUGAUUUCGAUAACGCAAAUGCCAAUGUCGAAAAUAACACUGCCAUAAGUGAGAAUCCUACCGGUUAUACUAGAUAUAGUAAGUUGACUGCAAACAAUAGCGGCAGCAACAAAGCUGCACUAUCGAUGAACUUCAGUAAUUUCUACACCCUUGGGCUAAGCCUUCGGAAGCAGACCACGCCCAGGAGUCCAAUGGCAACUCGAACGAGCGCCAACUUCGUACAAUCAACCGAAGAUUUAGUUGAGUUAGGGAAGAAUUGUUAACUGGAAGAAAUUUAUUCCUAGUGUUGAAAGCCACGUGUUCGUGACACGACAUCCUAGUGCUUCGAAAAUUUAUUGUUGUUCAAAUCAUUACCGUUAAAUUGGAUAAAUUGAAUAGUGAUACUGUAGCAGAUGCAUUUAAAAACCAAAUAUGUUGAAGAUAUAUGGGAUCACGAUCCCGGUGUUGACCUUGCCGAUA